GUGACCUAUGGCAGGUCCUCUUUCUCCAAGCAGUAGCCUGAGACUUCACGGCACGGCUGCUAUCCUGAACUAACUUGAUAAGGAUUGUGCCCCAAACCACCGCAGUGAGACCUCGGACCAUCAGCCUUAAUGACAACAUCCGUGUCUUCCCUUCCAUCUCAGGCUGCCCAGCAGCCUCCCAUCUUCAGCCUCUCUCAGAUAACCAGCAGCCUCUUUCUCAGCAAUGGUGUCGCCGCCAACAGCAAACUCCUGCUUACCAGCCAUCGCAUCACCACCGUUAUCAAUGUUUCGAUAGAAGUAGUCAACGUGUUCUUCGAGGGCAUUCAGUAUGUAAAGGUGCCUGUUACGGAUGCUCCUGACUCUCGUCUCUACGACUUUUUUGACCCAAUUGCUGAUCACAUUCACAGCGUGGAAAUGAGACAGGGCCGCACGCUGCUGCACUGCGUGGCUGGGGUGAGCCGCUCCGCCUCACUGUGCCUCGCUUACCUCAUGAAAUACCACUCCAUGUCGCUGCUGGACGCCUACCUAUGGACCAAGUCACGCCGCCCCAUCAUCCGGCCCAACAACGGCUUCUGGGAACAGCUCAUCCAUUACGAAUUCAACCUGUUUAACAACAACACCGUGCGCAUGAUCAACUCGCCUGUAGGUGAUAUCCCUGACAUCUAUGAGGAUGAAGUACUUACGAUGAUGUCAGUGUAAGCCAUCUCCGUCAUCCCUGACAUCUACCAUCGAUCUUGCACCAAGACUGAACUUGAACACUGACGUUUUGUUGAUAAAGAAAACCGGACGAUACCUUGUUAAAGGGCAAGAAAAAAAGGAAGGGGGUUGGAGUUUUGAACGUAGUCACUCUUACCUUAAAAGAAUUAAAUUCAUGAA